UCGUGUACUAUAUGUCGACAACUGCGCCUAAUUUUGUUAGUUUAACUCUACGAAAAUUACAAAACGUACUGAAUUUGUAUACAUCGAACAUUAUAGUAUUGAUUUGUAUGAUUAAAAAACAACAACAACAGCUAUGAAGUCAUAGAGUCAAUUCCAGAAUUGAUCUUUUUAAUAUUUUACGGAGACAAUUACAUAAUCUGAUGCUUUAAAGAUUUGAUUUGAAUUCUCGAAAUGGCUUUUGGAUAUCACAACUUUCACGUCUUAUUGUUAUUAGUGUGUUCGCUAAUUCGUUUAUCAGAAUGUGGACAAGAUUUUAAGCCUGGGAAUCUGCAUAACAGUAAAGAUGUCUUCACCGGUACGAAAGAUCGGCAGGAAUUAUUUGCACGAUUAUACAAAGCAAUGUCUAACCCCGUUGUACCCGGGACCUUGGGACUUUUUGCUAGUUCAUUCACUAAUGGACAUCGGCUCAAGAGAAGCGCUGUGAACGGAAGCGAUGGGAUCAACGUCCAGCCGGGCAGAGAGGCAGUAGAGUUGAGCGACAACGUGACGUCACUUCCGGUGGUGACGAACGGCAGUUUAGUGAAAUGUGAACACGAUUUUCAGACGUUCAUGAACGGUGUCACGGCCGGUGAAUUCUGGGCAUUACAAAUGAUGGACGCAUGGGGCAAGCCUGGCCCGUCCCUACUGCAGGGGCGGCUGAACAUGGUGGGCAGCUAUAAACAGUGCCGCGACAGCAGGGCUCCGGACAAUACGAGCCUCGGGUUCAGUGGGAGCUACUGUAGUGUGGGGAUCUACCUGCAGAUGGGGACGCUUCCUGGCGCCGCUGGUCAGAUUGGGGCAUGUGUACCAGACUCAUGCUCUGAGUCGGAUCUCCAGAUAGUCUUAGGUCAAGGGCUGAAAGAUUUGAACCUGGGCAUCAUGUUGACCAGUGUGGAGAUCAGAACUGACCACAGGGAGAUCACCACUGCUACGAUUGUUGCCAUAUGCGUUUUCUCAGCGAUCGGUGUCCUUGUGAUUGUGGGAACAAUGUAUGAUCUCAUUUUCAUACAAAUUCCAAAAUGGAAAUCACAAAAAGUCAAACGGACGGAAAAAACUGCUGAGAAAAACUUAAGUCAAGAACACAGCCAAAGUCCGGUCACUCUCAUUGCAAUGACAGACACAGCUGAGGCCAACGGUCAAAGGGAAACAACUGAUAAAUUUGCAGGAAAUAAAAACAACUCAGAGUUGAAACAAAGGGAAGGAACCCCUGCCAGUAACGGUAACUGUGACGUUCACACACAGUCAGCAGGGAGCAAUUCUGUUGACAAAACUAAAGAAGGGAAGAAAAAACUGAAUGCGUGUAUCAUGAUUCUACUGGCGUUCUCGGUCUACACAAAUGGAUCUAAAGUCUUAAACACAGCGCAGCCACCUGGAUCAUUAUCGGCUAUAAAUGGCAUACGUUUCCUCAGCAUGUCUUGGGUCAUCCUUGGACAUACGUACUUUACCGCCACGUUAGAAGUUGGCACUGUCCCCAUGACAGCGAUUCUAGACCACCUAAAAGACUGGACCUUUGAUGCUAUCUACAACGCUGGGCUAGCUGUGGACACGUUCUUUACUUUAAGUGGUCUGCUCGUUGCCUAUCUAACCUUCAAGGAGAUCAAGAAAAAAGGCUGGAAACUGAACUGGCCUUUGUUUUAUUUUCACCGCUAUUGGAGACUGACCCCGCCCUAUAUGCUGACUAUGCUGAUGGGCCAAGGGUUCCUGGCCUUCAUGGGGUCGGGGGCCACCUGGUCCAUGAAGAUGCCAUCAGACAGGGAAAACUGUGAGGCAAACUGGUGGACCAACUUGAUCUACGUCAACAAUGUCGUGCAUGUGGACAAGAUGUGCAUGCUCCACUCCUGGUAUCUCAGCAACGACAUGCAGUUCUAUGUCCUGAGUCCAUUGAUGAUCGUACCGUUCUAUUUUCACUAUGCUGCUGGUGUGGUCAGCUGCCUGGUGUUUCUGCUGGCCCAGAUGAUCACUUCCGGUGUCUUGUCAGUGGACAACAACUGGACAGCCGUGGCGCUCUUCAGUGGUCCAGCUCCUAAAAAGGACGGACUAGAUUGGCAGACCCACUAUUAUUUCGCCCCCUACGGUAGAAUAGGUCCCUACAUCAUAGGGGUCAUGGCCGGGGUCUUGUUGGCUACUUGGAAAGGGAAACUUCGACUACACAAGGCUGUUGUUGCGGUAGGAUGGUGUGUUUCCACUGUCAGCGCGCUCGCGGUCCUGUACGGUCUCCAUGGUGACAUUAGCGGUGAGCGCUACAGCACAGCGCCCGUGUCGGCCUUCUACAACGCCGUGUCAAGGGCGGUCUGGGGCGCGUGCAUUUCGUGGAUUGUUUUGGCCAGCGCGAGCGGAUAUGGAGGUCCAGUCAACAAGUUCCUGUCCUGGUCAGCCUUUGUCCCAUUGAGCAGGUUGACCUACAUGGCGUAUCUCAUCCAUCCUUACAUCAUGGUCAUCUAUUUCGGCAACCUGGAGUCCGCGUAUCACCUAAUGGAUUCCAGUCUGGUGGUGUCGUUCUUAGGUCUGCUGGUGGUAUCCAACAUGGCCGCCUUCCUGCUUAUGUUGGGGAUGGAAUCUCCGAUGAUCGCCUUGGAGAAAGUUUUGUUUACCAGAAAACGAUAAACUAUGGGAAAAUCGGAACUAGCUGAUUAUUUCAUCGAUUAUUGGAAAAGCUACCCCUUUUAAAAAGUCACACCAAAUGUACUUAAAUAUAAUUAAAACGAAAAACACACUUUAC